AUGUUCACCAAAAUAAUCUUCGCUGCCCUGUUCGCUGUAGCAGCAGCAAAGCCCGGUAUCCAUUCGGUAGCAUAUAACGCUCCCUUAGUAGGGCCUGUAGCGUACACCGCACCUGUAGCCGCUGCCUACACAGCCCGUUUUCCUGCCUACCCUUCUGCGGUUGCCGCUGCUUACACUGCUCCCGUUGCUGCCGCUUACACUGCUCCCGUUGCCGCUGCAUACACUGCUCCCGUUGCCGCUGCUUACUCUGCUGCAUACACUGCUCCCGUUGCUGCUGCUUACACUGCGCCAGUUGCCGCUGCCUACGCCCCUGUAUCUGCCUACAGCGCUCCUCUAGUUUCAGCUGCAUACAGAGCACCUGUUUUCUUAAAGUAA